CACACCGGAACCUCCCUCAUCGAUGCAACCUAUGCAUGAUGAAUCAAGUCUGGAUCCGGGAAAGGUAAAAGGUCAUCUUGCAUUGCAAGGGCACGCCUGAAUCAACGUUUUGUAAUGUAAGGACACUGGUAUAUUGCGCGUGUGGAUAUUGAUUUAGAAAUUUUAACCAGUUUUUUUGUAUAACCUUUUCUAUUUAUUUCGUGACAAGAAUAAUUUCAGUCUUAAAUGUAAUAUAAUCACUGCCAGCAACAUAGCUGUUAAUUAAUUUGUUGCGUGUGCUUCAGAUAUUGGGCAACAAAUACACAUUUUGAGUAUCUUUCCCAUUUCCCAUACUCAUUUAUACAAAUUAGUAAAUUAAUCGUUAGCAUCGAUUAACAAGUAUAUAGUUCCACAUCUGUUUACCCCCGAUUUAUAUAUAACAUAAAAUCAAAUGGAACAUUAAGAAGCCGGUUUGUCUUCAACAAUGUCUUACAAAGCUGGAAUUUUGAUACGGAGGAUUCUGAUGAAGGGGAUUAAAUGGCACCAUUCUGCGAGGUCACAACAGUUUUUCCUCCCGGUCGCACACAUGCGGAGAGCUGCGAGCUUCACAUGCGGGCGAACAGGUCACUCUUUGCGGAUGGAUCCAGUAUCAGAGGUAGCUACACAGUUAACCCCGUGCUUCAAUGAUAAGAGUAUAUCUGUCUUAACCAAUAAGACCAGUAAUACACAAGAGUGGGGCAGUAUUGGACUUGUAUAAUGUUAUUGACGCUCUUUGUCAAGCACAAGUGUUUUUUUUUUAAUGUUACAGUUGUCCAGCCAAGCACGGUAGUUUAAAACCUGUUUGGUUAUGAAUUCCUCACAUGAAUCGAUUUCAUACACAAACUCUUGUUCUUCUUUCUUCAGACAGGACCUUUUUGUGAUCCUGCGCGAUUUCCAUGGCCUGACGCAGCUUUUUAUCCCACAGGACGAGUCAGGUGCGCAGCUGAAGGAGGUACUCUGUGACCUGCCCUUGGAGUCUGUCGUCAGAGUCACAGGUGAGGUUAGACAGCGCCCACCAGGACAGGAGAACAAGGAAAUGCCAACAGGGGACAUAGAAGUCUGUGUCAGAAGUGUUGAAGUCCUGAAUGCCUGCCGCAGACUCCCCUUUGAAAUUAAAGACUUUGUGAAGAAGUCAGAAUCACUUCGCAUGCAGUAUCGUUAUCUUGAUCUGCGUAGCGUUCAAAUGCAGUACAACCUGAGACUGAGAUCUCAAAUGGUGAUGAAAAUGAGGGAAUAUCUCUGCAAUUUGCAUGGAUUUGUGGAUGUGGAAACACCCACUCUGUUUAAAAGGACUCCAGGGGGUGCAAAGGAGUUCAUAGUUCCCUCACGGGAACCUGGAAGAUUUUAUUCUCUUCCCCAGAGUCCACAGCAGUUUAAGCAGCUGCUUAUGGUGGGUGGUAUUGACAGGUACUUUCAAGUGGCUCGUUGUUACAGAGAUGAGGGCUCCAAGCCAGACAGACAGCCUGAAUUCACACAGGUGGAUAUUGAAAUGUCUUUUGUGGACCAGGAUGGUAUUCGUACACUGAUUGAAGGGCUGAUUCAACACUCCUGGCCAGAGGACAAGGGGCAAAUUCAUGUUCCUUUCCCCUGCAUGACUUAUGCUGAAGCCAUGAAAUACUAUGGCACAGAUAAACCAGACACUCGAUUUGAGAUGAAGCUUGUCGAUAUCAGCGAAGCAUUCAAGCAUACAGCUAUUGGAUUCCUGCAAGAUGCCCUUAAUAAACCACAGGGCUGUGUUCAUGCAUUCUGUGUGCCAAAUGGAGCAACUCAUUUCAAGAACAAGGAUCUGGAGGUACUGAGAGAACUUGCCAAGACACAGUUCAACCAGGAAGUGAGUGCUGUGGUGGUGAAAUCGGAUGGCAUUUGGAAGUCCCCUCUCAGCAAGCUCCUGACUGAGUCAGAGAAGCAGCAGGUGUGUCAGAUGACCCACGCCAGGGCUGGAGACCUGGUGUUGCUCAGUGCUGGACAACCUCAGGAUGUGUGCCCAGCCUUAGGAAAGCUGAGACUCCAUUGUGCUGAGCUCUUGGAGGCUCGUGGGGUGGGGAUACGUGACCCAUCAGCCUUCCACUUCCUGUGGGUAGUGGACUUCCCUCUUUUCCUACCCAAAGAAGAUGAGCCAGGUCAGCUUGAGUCUGCCCAUCACCCUUUCACAGCACCUCAUCCGCUGGACGCUGACCUCCUCUACUCUCAACCGCACAAGGUACGUGGCCAGCAUUACGACUUAGUCCUGAACGGUUGUGAAAUUGGAGGGGGAUCGAUCCGGAUUCACAACGCCAAACUGCAGCAGUACGUCCUUGAGGAGACAUUAAAGGAGGACAAAGGUUUGCUUUCACAUCUCAUUGAAGCCCUGGAGUCGGGGGCUCCUCCUCAUGGUGGAAUUGCACUCGGUCUGGACAGACUGAUAUCAAUCAUAGUAGGAGCCGCUAGCAUUAGAGACGUCAUUGCUUUCCCCAAAUCAUUCCGGGGUCAUGACCUCAUGAGCAAUGCCCCAGACUUUGUCCCUGCUGAAGAUCUAAAGCCGUAUCACAUCAGUACGACUUGGCCAGCAGGAGCCCAGAAGAACAAAGGCCAAGAGCCCUGAGGAGCUCAGAUUUGCGGAUUAAAAUCCUUUCAGGAUGACUUCUCAUUGACUUUGUUUCCAGGGGUUUUUGUUGUUUUCAUGUAGAAAUAAUCAUAGCUUUCCUUGGAGAAGUUGCUUCGUUUUUUAAAGACCUAAUUCCAGGAAGAAUACUGUAUGUCGUCAGUCUUUGUGCAAGGCAGGAUCUGAAAUCCACUCUCUCUUGCAGUUUGAAUAAACACUGCUGUGCCACCAGACCUGACCUGUCUUUGAGUGGUGACCCUUAUUGAUGUCAUGGCCUCUGAUGAUGACCCUCUUGAGUCCACAACUGCAGUAAAGUUUUUUAAUAAAUCA